AUGCCCCUUCCUUCGACGCAAAUACAAUCCUCUUCAUCGUCAUCGUCAACGACUUCGUCCUCUACAGCCCAGACAACCACUGGCGCUCCUCGACUACCCGAUAACUGUUAUAUCGGCGGGCCCUGCGACUGCAGCUUGAUCGAGGACAAGAAAAGCCCAGACUACAUACGCUGUAUCUCGAACCCGGCCUGCGAGCACUGCUUCCUCAACAACGGUACCUUGACCACACGGCCGAGCACGCUCAUCACUCAACCAACAACCCUGGACCUCACCUCCACUUCUUCAACGGUGCAAGCAACGGGUGGGUGGCGGUGGUAA